AUGGCAGAACAGCCAAGACAAAAAAAAGUUAAGUACGAAACAUCUUUCAACGAAAGAUGGAAAAAAAAUCAUUUAUAUGCGGAUUGGAUGAGAAAAAUUGAUGAAAAAACAGUUAAGUGCGUUUACUGUUCAUCUCAAUUUACUAUCAAAUGGGAUGGUGAAACUGCUUUGACUAAACAUAUGAAUUCUACGAUGCACAAAAAAAAUACAUCUGAAUGA